AUGGAGGCUCUAUUAGCCCAUUCGUUCGAUUACCUCUGCUCAUACGAGCCGAGCAAGAUCCGCAAAGGAUUACGCCAGGUCGAGGGACUACUAGCACAAAUAUGUCUGUCCAAACCUAAGCCCGUCUUGGACCGGAGAUCACGCUCCCCUGAUACCCAGCCCGUGCCAAAGACCUUGUCAGAGUUGCGAGAUGAUCCGGCCUUUCGGGAAUUUUCCAAAUUGCAGGAAAGCUUUCAAUGGAACAUUGCUAUGCGCCUAGUAUCCUGCCUCGAACACCUUCUAGGCCGAGGAAGCAACGGCACAAACGACAUGCUGAUCGUCUGCACACUGGAUCUGAUCCAAGGCGCCCUCCUCCUCCAUCGCGGCUCGCGCACCCUCUUCGCCCGCGAAAUUUAUAUGAACCUCCUCCUCGACCUCCUCGACCCUAUCAACUGUCCAGCCGUGCAAUCAGCAACCCUUCUCACACUCGUCACAGCCCUACUGGACUGCCCGUCAAACACACGCACAUUCGAGGACCUAGAUGGCCUCCUCACUGUCACAUCACUCUUCAAGCAGCGCGCCACCUCCCGCGAAGUCAAACUCAAACUCGUCGAAUUCCUCUACUUCUACCUGAUGCCCGAGGCCAUAACCCCGGCGCCGAUGUCUCCCCCGCCAGGUCUGCAGCGCAGCCCGAGCAAACUUUCCUCUGCCCCCUUCUCGCGCAGUGCGCACUCCGCCGCGGCAAAUGCUGCGAGUAAAACGAACCGCGAUACCCGCACGACGGACGAGAAGCAGGCUCUUCUAGGAAGGUAUCUCAAUAACGUGGAGGACCUCGUAGAGGACCUGAAGGAGACGGCUCCUUUUGGAGCGACGGUUUACUGA